AUGGCGCCCUUCCUCGGCGGCAUGCGGGGGUUAACCGUGUUCGUCCAGGACGUUCGGAACUGCGCGAACAAGGAGCAAGAGCGGUUGCGGGUGGAGAAGGAACUCGCGAACAUUCGGCGCAAGUUCAACAAGACGCACCGCGCGCUGACGCCGUACGAGCGCAAGAAGUACGUGUUGAAGCUGCUGUACGUGUACAUGUUGGGGUAUAACGUUGAUUUUGGGCACACGGAAGCGUUGAAGUUGAUCUCGGCGUCGACGUACGGGGAGAAACAGGUCGGGUACAUGACGACUUCGGUCAUUCUGAAUGAACGGAACGAGUUCUUGCGCAUGGCCAUCAACAGCGUGCGCAGGGAUGUGAUCUCGACGAACGAGACGAAUCAGUGCUUGGGGUUGUCGUGCAUCGCGAACGUCGGGGGGAGGGAAUUCGCGGACUCGCUCGCGGGAGAUGUGGAGACGAUUCUGAUGACGCCAACGAUUCGACCCGUGGUGCGGAAAAAGGCGGCGCUGUGUCUGUUGCGAUUGUUUAGAAAGAACAAUGAGAUCUUGAUCCCGGAAACGUUCGCGCCGAAAAUGGUAGAUCUCUUGGACGCGGAGAGAGAUCUCGGCGUGCUCAUUGGCGUGCUCGGUUUACUCUCGGGCAUCGUGUCGUACGACUACAAGGGCUACGAGGCGUGCGUACCCAAGGUGAUCACAAUCAUGGAGCGACUGACGAGGAACACCGACAUUCCGCCCGAGUAUUUGUACUACGGUAUUCCCUCUCCCUGGCUCCAGGUGAAGUGCAUGCGAAUUUUGCAGUACUUUCCGACGCCGGAGGAUCCCGCGCUGCUCGACGCGCAGCUCACCGCCGUGCGAAACAUUUUGAAGACGCAAUCGGUGAAGAAUCUGAACAAGAAUAACGCGUUGCACGCGAUUUUGUUCGAGGCGAUCAAUUUAGUCACUAGCAUCGACUACGCGCACGAGCUCUUAGAUCCGUGCGUGGAGCUUCUGGGGAAACUGCUCGGGAUGGGACCAAACAUUCGUUACUUGGCGCUGAGCACGCUCAACACGCUCGCGGCGAUGCCCGAUCUGCGAGAGGCGAUCAAGGUGUAUCAGAGCGAGGUCGUAUCCGCACUGCAUGACGCGGACAUCUCGAUUCGCAAGCGCGCGCUGACUUUGCUCUUCUCCAUGUGCGACGCCUCAAACGUGCACGAUAUCGUCGAGGAGUUGGUCAAGUAUCUCGUCACCGCCGAUUUCGACAUUCGGGAGGAGCUCGCGCUAAAGACGGCAAUCCUGGCCGAGCGCUACAGCAUAAACGAUCGCAUGUGGUUCAUCGAGAUCGCGCUGCAAAUGAUCGAUAAGGCGGGAGACUUCAUCAACGACGACCUCUGGCAUCGUCUGGUCCAAGUGGCGACUAACAACCCCACGCUUCACGCCGAUACCGCUAAGCUGAUGUUCGUGAAACUGCGUGAUGACGGUGCGACAAACGAGCUCGUUCUUCGCGUAGUGUCCUACUGCAUCGGUGAGUUCGGAUACUUGCUCCCGAUUCCCGCGUCGCAGUACGUCGACUUGAUGAUUCCUCUGUUUCAUAGCACCGACGAGGGAACGCAAGCCAUCAUGCUCACGGCGUUCAUCAAGAUCGCCAUGCACAAGAACUGCGAUCAAGGAUCAAUGGGUAAGAUCGUCCAAGUGUUCACGGACAUGAGCACGUCGAUGGUUUCGGAAAUUCAGCAACGCGCAUGCGAAUAUUUACGCCUGUUGCAAAUCGGUCCGUCCAUGCGAUCGAUCCUCGAGCCGAUGCCCGAGUACCCCGAUCAGUCGAGCGUGUUGGAGCGACAUGUACAAGUCGACAAUGUCGCAUCCGACGUCGCUGCGGGCGUUCGAAAGCUCGGUAUAUCACAGUCCGUGAGAGAACAACCAAAAUCAUUAGCGUCUAGCUCGAUGCGCGUCGGGACGGAUCUCGUCGUCGCCUCUCCGGCUCAGCCGAGAGACGCCGUCGCGGAUCUGCUCGGUGAUUUGAUUGGUGAAACGUUGGCUUCGGCGCCGCCUCCGGCGCUUCCAGCCGCAACGUCGAGUGGAGUGGACUUGGACGAGCUCUUCGGCGCCGGGACACGCGCGCUUCCUGCAGCGGAGCAAAGGCCGGCGCUCGCGGCGCCGGAGGUUUCACUGGCACUGGCCGCCCCAGCGCCCGUGGCCGGUGCGGCGACUUCAUCGAACACGUUGGAUGAUUUACUAGGCCUCGAUGCAUCCGCGGCGCCGGCGGUGACACGGGCGUCGGCUGCUGCGCACGGAGGAGCAGAUCUCUUGGACGAGCUGGGCGGUUUCACGGAGAAUCGAAUUGCACUAGUGCCUGCAGCGGUCGCACCCGCAGCUGCGCCGGUCAGUAACGGCGUGAAACCAACGGUGAACAUUCAAGAGUGCGCGAAGCGAUUCCUUGUCGCCGACAACGGUCUCUUGUACGAAGACGCAAACGUCCAGAUAGGCAUCAAGUCUCAGUGGCAAGGCUCUCAGGGUCGCGUCAUGUUCUACAUCGGGAACAAGAUGGAGAACGCUGACUUGCAGAAAGUCUCGAUGACUAUACAUCAGAUUGACGGCUUGCGACACGCCUUACAACCGGUACCUUCGACCAUUGGCGCUAAACGCCAGGUGCAGUUGAUGCUGCAAGUCGCCAUUGUCAGUUCCUUUGCUGGCGCACCGCGUCUUGAUUUCUCGUACACCUGCGCGGGGGCCGGAACAGUGUCGGUAGCGUUGGACGUACCCGUGCGCAUGAACAAGUUCUUGAGUCCAAUGACGAUCGCGUCUCCUCAAGAGUUCAUCGCGAGAUGGCACCAAAUGGUUUCGGCGGGUCAGCAGCAAAAAAUUAUGGAUCUCGCGCCGCAGUACGCGACGGGCAUCGAGAGCGUCGUCAACGCGUUCACGGGGAUGCACCUGGCCGUGCACAAAGGAUUGGACCCGAACCCCGCCAACUUAGUGUCGGGGAGUAGAUUUGUGGGUGAGAAGAGUGGCGAAGUGCUCAUCGGCGUGCGUGUCGAGAGCGACGCCAACGUUCGCGGGCGUUACCGAUUCACGGUGGCAUCCAUGGACAAAGAUGCGUCUCGCGCGGUAAUGGAAACGAUCGUCGCGGCAUUAGGUGCGAACACCUAA